AUGUCACGUACCUCACACAUUCAAAGAGUAUUGGAGCAACCCACAUUUAAUAAAGUGACACAAUGUCGUGUUUUACUGGUUGGUGCUGGAGGAAUAGGCUGUGAGUUGUUAAAAAACCUAGUACUCUCAGGUUUCAGAUCUAUUGAGCUGAUUGCGCGUGAUUCCGCAUUAAAGUUUAAUCCUGAUGUUGAAAUCAUUGCACACCAUGCAAAUAUCAAAGACUCUCAAUUCAAUGUUGAAUGGUUUCAAAGAUUUGAUAUUGUGAUGAAUGCAUUAGAUAAUCUUGAGGCAAGAAGACAUGUAAAUUUUAUGUGUCUGGCUGCAAAUGUGCCGCUUAUUGAAUCAGGAACCGAAGGAUAUUUAGGGCAAGUCACUGUAAUAAAAAAGGAUUUAACUGAAUGCUAUGAUUGUCAACCCAAGCCUACCAGGAAGACUUACGCUGUUUGCACGAUUCGAAGCACUCCGAGUAGCCCCAUUCAUUGUAUUGUUUGGGCUAAAAGUUAUCUUUUUAGUCAAUUGUUUGGCGAGCCAGAAGACGAACCUUUGGAUAAUGAGAUGAACAACGAUAAUGCUGAAGAAAUUCAAAUUCUCAAAAAAGAGACCGAGCUGCUGAAAGAAAUUAAAUUGACGAUGGGAUCUCAAGAAUAUGCUGAAAAAGUUUUUAAAAAAGUAUUUACAGAUGAUAUUGAGCGUCUUCUGACAAUGGAAGACAUGUGGAAGGAGCGAAGGCCUCCAGUGCCUUUAGCAUAUAACGAUAUGAAUAGAGUAUCAUCGAAUGGAGAGAACGGCCUGGAUCACAAUGAUGAUAUGAACACUCUCAAAGAUCAGCGGAUGUGGACCUUUGAGGAAAAUUUUAAUGUAUUCGUAGAUAGGUCAGAUUUGAAUAUUUCGAAAUCUUUAUGGAGGACUAAACAUCGAGACUACUCCAUUAAUCGAAUAAGUAGGCGAUUACUCGAAGAACAAGAAAUUAACCCGGUUGCCGUGCUUACAUUUGAUAAAGAUGAUGAUGAUGCUUUGGAUUUCGUAACAGCAACGGCUAAUUUGAGAGCCAAAGUAUUCGGAAUAGAACAAAAGUCAAGAUUUCAGGUUAAAGCUAUGGCGGGAAAUAUAAUACCAGCGAUUGCAACAACAAAUGCUACAAUUGCCGGAAUUAUAGUUGUGCAGGCUUUUAACAUACUAAAAAAUCGUUUGGAAGAUUGCAAAACGACAUAUUUGGAUGGAUUUAGACGCCCUUGUCUGCUCAUCAACGAAUCCUUAAACGGGCCAAAUCCAUCUUGUUCGCAAUGUAGAGUUAAUUAUUACAUAUUACGAAUAAACACGAAAAAGGCAACUCUUAAAGAUUUCUUGGAAAAGAUUUUAAAUAGUAGCCACGAACAAGGAUUAAUUUAUGGUGACGAAAUAACAGUAGAAAGAGGCGCCAGCAUCAUAUACGAUAUUGAAUUUGAUGAAAAACUUGAUUCCACCUUUGAACAAUUAGAAAUCACAGAUGGAGUUUUCAUUAAAGUAACACCUGAUGAUGCGAAUCAACUUCCUGCUGUUUUUAGCAUUUUCCAUAGGGAAACCUUCGAUACACAAGAUACUUGGUAUGAAAUCGAAGGAGGUAUUUCUGAGGCUCGUGUUUCUCAUAUUGUGGCAAGCAACCAAAACACAGAGACUGAAAGUGGGACAACCCUUAAGAGAAAACUCGAGUCAACUGAUAUGGACCUUGAUGAGCAACCAUCUACAUCGUGUAAAAAGAUGGAACUAGAUCCAGAAUAUAUUAUUACAGUAGAAGACAGCAUAAUAAUGACAGAAGAUGGGCCCAAAAGUGUUAUAACUCUUGAUUAA